AUGGCCCAGAUCAGAGCCCCUGUUGUUGUGCUGCUCGUGCUCCUGGCUGUGGGGCUGUUUGCUGCCAAGGCUUCUGCAGCUAAACAAGGUUUUCCUACAGGCUGUUGUACACGUUACUCCCAGGGUAGGAUAGACAUUGGUCUCAUCCGUGGCUUUUCCGUACAGACAGUGAUGGACAACUGCAACAUUGAUGCUAUCAUUUUCCACACGGUCAGCGGGAGAUUCCCAUGUGUGGAUCCCACCAAGGGCUGGGUUAUGAAAGCUGUUCAAAAGCUGAGGGAGAGAGCGGAACGAUUGAACAAGAGAAAGUCAUAGGAAUAGUUGUCAUCACAAGGGGACGAAGACGUCGUGUUGCUAUCUUCAUUGACGGAGGAUAAUGCAAACAUGCUGGAACCCUGAUAUCUCUACGUUUAUCCAACUACCUGAGUUUUAUCAGACAUUUUUCUGUACUGAAAAGUAUAAUAAAUGAAGAAUAUAAGCAACGGGGAGCACCUGGACACAGCCCUUAGCCGUGGGACAUUGGCCACAUAUGACAAACCCUGAGGAGCCUUAUUGCUA